AUGUCUCAUAAAGGUGAAACAUGGAAAGGUCGAUCAUUUACGACAGUAGAGGAAGGUACACUGUUUGUCAAACCAAACGAUCAAGUUUAUGUUGGUCAAAUCAUCGGGAUCCAUAAUGGAGACCAAGAGCUCGACAUGAACCCCACAAAAGGUAAGAGAGAUCAGGAAAUACGACGGAAGAAUAAGGAAAUAAAGGAAGUUUUGCCGCCGCACAAGCCGUUCACGCUCGAUGAAGCUCUGGGAUUCAUCGAGGAGGAUGAAUGCGUUGAGAUAACUCCACACAGACUUGCUUUACGGAAGAAGUACGUUCGCCCAUCCACUAUACUCGACCCCGGUCUGCGGAAGUCGCAGAAGAGGAAGGAAGGGAAAAACUAA